AUGGGAGGUGAGCCAUUCGUGGGAUUCACAUUCGACCGUCUCCCCCUGCACUCCGCUCCCCCACCCCUCCCCCCCUUCUCCCGUUCCCUCCCUUCCCGCCCCUCCCCUCCUUUCCCCCUCGUUCUUUUUCGUUACCGCGCACUCUACAUGAAUUACGUUCCCCUUACCUCUCUCCCAUCGUUCGCUGCCCCUCUUGUCCAUCGCCGAAUUAUCCCUCUCCCCUCCCCCUACCCGCACGUCCCUCAUGUCCCCCCUUUCCCCCCCACUCCCCCCUCCCUCCCUCUCCUCCCCCUCUCCCCACCCCCCUCUCCAUCAUCACUUCCUCCCCGGCCACCUCCUUCUCCCGCCCGUUCCGCCAGUGCACCCGGACCUCCAGGCCAAUUGUGGCAUUCGCUCAGCCUCGCGCCUGCUCAUUUCCGGCAGGCAGCUCUGUGCAACACCAUCGCUGCUGCUGUGAUGCAUCCACUCCGCAAUUCGUUCCCUUGCCAUCUCAACACUGACCUUCAAGCCAAUCGGGGCAUUCGCUCGGCCUCGCGGCUGCUCAUUUCCGGCAGCUCCGCGGGCGGGCAGGCCGUGGUGCAUCUGUGCGACACCAUCGCUGCCGCUGUACCCUCCGCCAAUGCGCGCUGCGUCGUCGACUCGGGGUUCUUUGUUGGUGAGCAUGUGGAGAGAGAGGAAUGA